AUGCCGAUCAUUUCCACGUCGGUCGUACUGCUCGACCUCGUCGCUUAUCUCGCGGUUGCGGGGGCUGAGAACCCGAUUUGCAUCGCCGAAAACGAGGGUUUCGCUACGAAAACGUUGCGAGUAAUUUGCCGGGAGACCACGCGGAAAACAUUUGCGCAUGAACUCCACGGGCAUCUUCCCGUCCUCGCCUACCUGGGCACCGUUGGUACGGAAAACCCCGCGUGCAUCAAUGCUACUAACAGCAUCUGCUUCGAAAAAGUAGCUGUCCUUUUGCCAGGGGAUCCCGCUCAAAAUGUUUGCAAAUACUUGAGGUCGAUGCAACAGGCCCACUGCCCGUGCUCUGAUCGUUUUACGAAGGACUACGAAAAUCUCAACUGCGGAUCGUCCGAACCACUUUUGCGAGCCCGCCUUGCCUGUGUGGCUGAGGGCACUUUGCCAGAAGGCCUACCGUGCGCCGACCCCUACGGCAAAUGCGAGGCGGAUGCGAAGGUUGAAGCCUGCCUCGCGCGGAAUACUGCUGCCGGUUGUGAUGAUACCCCAGAAUACAAAGCCCAUUUCUACAUGAUGAAAUUGUUGGAGCUGAAGAGCCUGCGCCAGGACAAGUGUCAUGACGAAAGGGUCGCCGCUUACAAGGAUGCAAUCCAAGCAAUAAAUGGCACAGCCAAU